AAAGUUCAGAGCAGUUCAGAGACAGUGGAGCUGUCAGACCGAAAGUAAUAUCGUUCAUUUUGCCCACUUAUCAACGUAUCUAGCCACUUUGUUUACCUACAGAUAAAAAUGGCAGACCAGCUGACUGAAGAACAGAUUGCCGAAUUUAAGGAGGCAUUUUCACUGUUUGACAAAGAUGGUGAUGGCACAAUCACCACUAAAGAGCUGGGCACAGUCAUGCGAUCACUGGGCCAGAACCCCACAGAGGCUGAACUGCAGGAUAUGAUCAACGAGGUGGAUGCUGAUGGCAACGGGACAAUUGACUUCCCAGAAUUUCUGACCAUGAUGGCGAGGAAGAUGAAGGACACUGACAGUGAGGAAGAAAUCCGGGAAGCUUUCAGAGUUUUUGACAAGGACGGAAACGGCUACAUCAGUGCAGCAGAACUGCGUCACGUCAUGACGAACCUGGGGGAGAAGCUGACGGAUGAGGAGGUGGAUGAGAUGAUCAGAGAGGCAGACAUCGAUGGUGACGGACAGGUCAACUACGAAGAGUUUGUUCAGAUGAUGACUGCAAAGUAAAACUGGAAAACCCAAAGGACUGCAGCAGACCAAACAGUGGGCAGUACCUCCCACUGUAUUUUCUCAUCAGGCAUACACAGUCGCUCUCUUUCUUCACUCUGCAUUUUUUUAUUAUUACCCCCCCCCCCCCCCAUCUCUCCCUUCCACUGGCUCUUUUCCUUGCUGCAACUAUUACCUGUUAUUUCUUUUCUUUUUUUUCCCCUGUUGUGCCCCCCUCUUCUGUCUUCCGUUCUCAAUUUUUACAUUCUCUGGAUUUCAAAGAAAAAAAUAUUUACAUAUACAAUAAAGUUUUCAAGAACUUACAAAAUAAGAUCUAUAUAAUAACGUUAAUAAUGGAGUAGUACAUGUUUCAGUAAUUUAAGAUGUAUAUACAACAAACUAAAUGGACAAGAUCAAUGCAUGCUUUAUUUUGUCAGGAAUGUCUCAGUGGUUUCUCUCCGCUUGACCGGUUUAUGAACUUUUUUGCUUGUUUUCCUUUCUUUUCUCACUCCCUCCUUUUUUUUUUUUUUUUAACUCCCUCAUCUAUCUUCCGCUCAGCUGUCUCAGAAUUGCAAGACAAGAGAAUAGUAAAAUGGACAUCAGGGGCUCCAGAACACAGAAUGUACCAGAAAUGUCUUCUCUUGUGUUGCGUGAUUGCUUGAUCUCUGUGAGCUGGUCCCUCAUUUCCUUUAAUCAUGUACAAGCACAUCCACUGUGCACUCCAUGGAUAAAUGAAUCUAAAGGGACCCAUCAGGCCAGUCGGUGGAGUUUCGUAAUGUAGUUCCGAGAUUUCAAAUUGAUGGACCAGUGACUUUUUUUUUUUUGUCUGUAUUGAGAGAGUGUAAUGUAGAAGUGGAGUGUAACAUUGGUUAGAAGUCCCAUGUCAUUUUGUGUUAUGAAGACCUCAUUAUCUUGCUUAGUUUCCCUCUAAAGGCAGAUACCCAUCUGAUCUGGACAGGUGUGGAGAAAUGUUUUAAUUGAUCCCAGAAAUUACUCUUCUUUGCUCUCCUUAAAACACAUUUUUAAUCGCUGAACUGAAAUAACUUGCGUGCUUGAAGUGUGGAGUUUUGUACUGAGGAUUUAGUAUAACUUUUGUGUUAACUAUGGUUGUAUACUUUAAAGCUGCAACAUGUGUUACCAAGUCAUAUGACCUGUACAAUUGACAAUUUUAUCUGUCAAAUCACAUUUUAAAUAAUGCUACAUUUGUCCCAUUUUUCUACUUUUAUGAAUGUAUUUUGUUAUUUCAUCAUCUCUUUUUCCCUGUUUUUUUGUUUUGUUUUGUUUGUGUGUUUGGGGAGAAUGGGAGGCUAUGCAUUCCAUUGCAGAAAUUUGUGUUGGUUUUCUUGGAAAAAUAAAAUCUCGGACCAGUGUUUCUAAA